AUGCAUGAGAAGGUUACCGCAACAAAAAGCCAAUCUACAUACUUAUACAGAAGUAAAUCUGCAAAAUGGGAUGUCUUUGAUGAAGUCCUAACGCAGCAUCUUCAUGGUUUGGAUGUAUUGAAUACAGACUUUGACAACAUUACUCCAGAUGGUCUAGAUAAUGUAAUUGAGAAAGUCGUGAAGGCAAUCACAAAUGCCUGCCAUAUUUCUAUGAGAAAGCGGAAAGCUGGAAAAACAUACAAUCCUUGGUGGAAUGAUGAACUACAAACGCUUAAGAAUAAGUGCAUCAAACUUCAUCACAAGAUGAAUAGUCUAGCCAAAGCGAACAAGCCGGUCGAUAUAAUUGCAAACGAACACGCCGCUGCUAAAAAGGUAUAUGCACAAGCCCCAAGGCUUGCAACAAACAAGAAAAAGAAGAUGUUUGGUCCCUAA